CAGUUCCCUACUCGGCAGUGUUGCAGCAGAUGUGGUUUCUCUGCAAAUUUCCUCCUAAAGUUCCCACGUGACUUACUCGAAAUGAACGACACAGACCAUUCCAAGAAGAAGCAGCCGCACUGAUAAAGUAGGGCAACUCCUGAGAACUUAUCGCACUGCGACACCUGCUGCUGCCGCGGACGGACGCACAAGAGCAUCGCGACUUUCCCCAGACACUGCGCCAAGACGCGCGACCUGCUCCUCCUGGGGAGAGACUAGGGGCUCCCAGCACUGACACUUUACACUCACUCCCCGACACCUUUCCUCCUCCCCAUAGAGCUGCGACUGAUCAUCAGAAGGCUCUUUGUGACUGACCUGGGUUACAGCAACUUUGCUGGGGAAGAAAUCCGGCAAUUGAACCCUAACUCAUUGGACCGCCCCCUUCCAGCUGACAGUUGCGCCUGGGGUGCAAGAGAAGCAAAUGUGCCUGCCUCUCAAAGGGGAAGGGAUUAAGGACUCUAAGCUUUGAAAACAGAAUAUUUUCAUCAAUUUAUAGUGGAUCUGUUUCAGUCAGUGUCCCUCUGGACCCCCCUAUUGCUGCUCAGCCCCCCCCCCAGCAGCCAUUGGGUCUGAUUCUUUUUAUUUACAUCUCUGCAUCUGGGACUUUCUAUAAUUUCCCCAUGUGUCUGUGUUGCUUCUGAUCAGCCCCAAAAGCAGCAGCAUGUCAGAAAGGUCUCCCUCCACCAGUGGCACCUUCCACAGGAGCAGCGCCCACAACACCUCCAGCUCAGAGGCAGAUGUUCUCUCCCAGAGCUCAGAUGCCAGCGUCAGGAAGGUUCGCAGGAGAGAAAAGAACAGAGUCGCUGCCCAGAGAAGCCGGAAAAAGCAAACUCAGAAAGCAGACAAACUGCAUGAGGAAUAUGAAUGUUUGGAACAAGAAAACUCGUCUUUGAAGAAGGAAAUUGGGAAACUAACGGAUGAAGUGAAACAUCUAAGCCAAAUCCUGAAGGACCAUGAGCAGAUAUGUCCAUAUCUCCAUUGCCCAGUGAACUAUGUGACAGUCCCCCGAGUAACGGACGCUGUUCCUGGCUGUUUGCCUCGGUGAUUUCCUGUUUCGUCUAUGUCAUUUCCUUUUUGAUUUAUCGGCGUUAACGGCCACUCUCUCUGCUGUAUCCUGAAUCAAACAUAAAGCCACCACAGCAGGACACCUCGGUGAUUGUAACCUCAGGGAAGAGACAAAAUAGAUGGAAUUGACAACUUACACGUCAGCGUUCCAUGUCCUGUAAUAAUAACACUUCAGAAACCAAGAUGGCUCCUGUAAAUGUGAACUGAACCUCCUUGAACUGAGUGCUACUGCCGCCUUGUAUAAAGAAAGCCAAGUUUGUAAACCUCCUCUUUAAAAGGGCAGUGUACCCCCUUGUUCAACCUGAACAUGAUGAAUAGGGCUUGUGCCGAACAUACUUUUUGCCUAUUGUUAUCAGAAGAAAUCGUCUAUGGUAUUUGAACUAAACAGGGCAAAAAGGAAAAUUGACGCUACUGCAUAUUUGGUCCUUGCGAGGUAGAUAAUUAUACAGUAAAACCAGAUAAAAAUGUAUUCUUCAUUAUAAAAUGAUGGUGGAACCACGAAAAAUAGUGUAAAAUGCUGGAAAAUUUAAAUCAAAGCAUGUCAAUUUGAGGUUUCACUGUUUUUACCAGUAUACAAUCCUUUGUUGUGAUUGUUUAGUUAGCAGUAGUCCAUUAUGCAUUAUUUGAGUAUCUGUGCACUUGGAAUCUAAUUAUUUAUCUCACAAGGGCCAAACAUGCUUCAGUCUCCCUGUUUGCCCAGUUUAGCUCAAGAAAUAACAAAAAACAUGGAUUUUUAUUAUUUAAAAUAAUAGGCAAAAAUUAUAUUAAGCACAAGCCCUUUUCAUUGCACUCAUGUUGUACAAAGGGUUAUGUUUCCCCUUUAACCAGCUUUUGUUGAGGGUCAGAUAGUUUCCUGUAGCCCUGACGUAUAGACAAGCAAAUAAAACUUUGGACGGCUUCGAAUUUACAAAUAAUACUGUUUUUAACUGUAUGAAAAACCACAAAAAGCUGCAUUCGCAUGAAAAAUCUGAAUAUUCCCUUAAUUCAAAUGUCUUCUCAGAAGCAAAUUUUCCAGUGAAAGGAAAUGUAUUUUACCUCCCCCUCUAAACUGUGUUCUGAUGAACGACUAAUAUGUUAUUCAGCUACGUGCAGUGCAGCACCACAAAUCAUACAGGGGGGGUGUCAGGUUCUGAUUGCAUGGAAAUGUUUUUUUUAUUAACACAUCAGUAUUUAUAUUGUAGCAAAUGUAUUUUGAUAAUAAAUUCUCAAUGAAGUGUAUUUUUUAAAGCAUGUUUAUUAUAUGUGGGUGCACGCAUAGGGUGGUAUUGAGAUUAUGUUUCGGAGACACCUGUAUAAUGGA